AUGAGUUUAGGUGUUCCAGUAACAAAAUCUUUUAACAAAUUAAAAAAAUAUCCAUAUGAAAUUAAUAAAUUUGAUAGAAGAGAAACAAAUGAAUAUUUUUAUUUGCCUGUAGAUUGUCCACGUAUGAAAAAAUGUGAUGAUGCUUAUUGCCCUUUAGCUCACACCAAAUUAGAAAAAAUAUUUCAUCCAAUAGUAUAUAAAACUCAGGCUUGUCAGAUGGCUAAAGAUGGAGCUUGUGAUUAUUUUCAAAAAUGUGCAUUUUAUCAUGAUUCUAAUGAUAAAAAUGAAGCUCAUUUAAAUUGGACAAUAUGGGAAAAAAAGUGGGAUAAAUGGAGAAACAAUAUUGAUAAUAUUUUAACACAACAUAAUAAGAAUGAUAAAGAAAUAAGAAGAAAAGUAGAAAGUAUUUUAAAAAUUCGUAUGCCACAUUUUAAUUAUAGUUCAAAUAAAAGCAACAUAUCUUUAAAUAAAAAUGUUUCGUUUCAUUCAACUUGGCCAAAUCUAAGUAACACAAAUAACAAUAAUAAUAAUAAUAAUAAUAACAAUAAAAUUAACAACUUAAGUAGUAUUUUAUGUAACUCUUUAAGUUCAUCAUUAAAUCCGAGUUCUACUUCUCUUUUUAAUAAUACAUGGAAUAAAUCAUUAAAUAAUAAAAAAAAUAUAAAAAAUGGUGAAGAUAAUAAAAAUAAAAAUAAUUCUUGUUGGAUUAAUGAGUUGAAUGAAAUGAGCAAUCUUAAUUUUGAUAAAUCUUCUAACAUAAAUGCAAGUUUUUUAAAUAAAAAUAGUGUAUAUUAUGAUGAGACACUUAGUUAUAAUAGCAAUGCUACAGAUUGUGGAUUAAAUUUUGAUAUAUUAGAUAAUAACGCAUAUAAAGUUGUUGAAUUUUGUUUUACUGAUUAUGAAAAUAAUAAAAAUAAAAAUAGUUGGAAAGAUAGUUCAGAAAAUUUUAAUUUUCAAUCUACGAACUCCUUUUUUUCACAUAGUUCUAAAAUAUUAGAAAAUGAAAGAAAAAAUUCAUUAAAUAUUAGCAGUAGUCAAGGAAUUAACAUUUUUGAAGAUAUGAAUUAUAAAACAUGUGAAUAUUUACCAAAUAUAUCAGAAGAAUUAAAUGAUAACAAAUUAAAAAAAUCUAAUACAUUACCAGCUAAUUUGAAGGAUGGUUUUAUAGCGGAUAUAAACAAUUCUAACAAUAAUUAUGAUUUGAUGACUUCUAAAUAUUUUUCCAACAAUUCAAAUAAUACAUCCUUAUUUGAGAAUUACACAAAUAUGUCUACACUUUUUGAUGUUAAUGAUAAUAAGUUAAACAACAUAACAAAUCUUUCUAAUUGUAAUACAUUUGAUCAUUUAAGCUUUGAUGAAUUCAAUAAAAAUAAUGUAAAUGAUUUCUUUACUUCGAAUGAUAAUGUAGAAAAUACAAAAAAUUUAAAAUUUAACAAAUUGAUUACAUCAAUUCCAAGUGAUGGGAUUAGAUUUUUAGAUAAUGAGAGUAAGGAAGAGGUAAAAGAAGAAAAACAAGAUGUAAUGAAUACAAAUAAUAAUUUAUCGACUGGAAAUAGUUCUAAAUCAGCAAAUAAAAGUUCAAAAAAAAAUAAAAAUAAAAAAAAUGCUUUAAAUAGUGGAAAUAGCAACAAUAAUACUAUUAAUAAUAGCAAUAAUAGUAAUAAUAAUAAUACUAUUAAUAAUAGCAAUAAUAGUAAUAAUAAUAAUAGUAAUAAUAAUAUUAAUAAUAUUAAUAAUAAUAGUAAUAAUAAUAAUAAUAGUAAUAAUAAUACUACUACUACUACUACUACUACUAAUAAUAAUAAUAAUAGUAAUAAUAAUAAUAGUAGUAAUAAUAAUAAUACUAAUAAUACUAAUAAUAAUAAUAACAACAACAACAAUAAUAACAACAAUAAUAACAACAACAAUAACAAUAAUAAUAAUGCAAAAAUGACAAAUUUUAAUGAAAUUGUUAAUUCAAAUGGAAAUGAUAUAAAAAAUGAAAAUAAUGAUAAGAAGAAGAAUAACAAAAAAGAUAAUAGAAUAAAUAAAAAUAAUAUUACUGAAAAAAAUUUAGAUGAAAUAAAAAAAGAAAGUAGUAAAAAUGUUAAUGAAAUGGAAAAAAAUGAGGAUGCUAGUAGUAAUAUUGACGGUAGUUAUUUGGAAAAAGAGAAAAAUAAAAAUAAUAAAAAUAAAAAUCAUGAGAAUCAAAAUAUAAAAAAAAAUAAUUCUUUAAUAAACAAUAGCAAUAAUAGUAAAAAUAUAAACAAAUCUGGUGGUCGAAUUGUUGAGAAUACUAAUAAUAAUAAUAAAAAUGAUCUUUCAGUUACUAACAGUAAUAGCUCAAUAAAUUAUAAAAAAAAUAACGAAAAUAAUAAUAAUGAAAACUUAUAUAAUAACAAAAAUAAUGUUUCAUAUCCGCAAAUAAAUAAAAAAUAUAAUGAUAUUAGUGUAGAUAUUAAAAAUUAUAAUGAUUGUAACAACACUCAGAAUAAUAACAAUAUAUAUAUUAAAAAAAAUAACAUUAAAGAUGAUAUAAAUUAUGAUAUUGAUAAAAAUAAUAAUAAUGAUAAAGAAGAUAAAAAAAAUAAUAAUGAUAACAUAGCAUUUAAUAAUGAAGGCAAUAAAGACAAUAAAAAUAGUACCAAUAAUAAUGAUAAAGAUAAUAAAAAAAAUAUUGAUAAUGUUACAACUAAUAAUUCAAGUUAUAAAGAUAAGAUUAAUAUUAUUAAUAAUAAUGAUAAAGAUAAUAAAAAAAAUACUAAUGAUAGCAUUAUAAUUAAUAAUAUAAGUAGUAAAAACAAUAAGAGUAAUAAUAAUAAUACUAAUAAUACUAAUAAUACUACUACUACUACUACUACUACUACUACUAAUAAUAAUAAUAAUAAUAAUAAUAAUAAUACUAAUACUACUACUACUACUACUACUACUACUACUACUACUAAUAAUAAUAAUAAUAAUAAUAAUAAUAGUGAUAAUAAUAGUAAUGAUAAAGAUAAUAAAAAAAAUAUUAUUGAUAAUAAUACAGUCAAUAAUUUAAAUGGUAUUGAUAAUGUAAGUAAUAAUGAAUUAAACAUAAACAAUUGUUCCAAUAAAAUAGUUGUAGAAGAAAAUGAUAAGAUUUUUUACAAUAUGAAAAAUGAGAAUAUUAUAGAUUAUAAAAAUAUAGAUAAUAAAUCAGAGGAAUUUGAAAACUGCAAAAAUAAAAAUAGUACGUAUAAUAAAAAAAAUAAUCCCAAGUAUUUACUAAAAGAAUCAAAAAAUUUAAGUAUAACAAAAAAGGAUAUAAAUGAUGAUAACGUAUCAAUACCUAAUAGUUUAGGUGACAAUUUUAAAACAGAUGAUAUCUCAAAUGAUACAGGUAUUAAUACUAUUCCAAAAGACGAAUUAUUUAAUUCUAUGAAAAAUAAUUUUAUUUUUAAUAAAUCAAAAGAAUUGAAUGUAAGUGAAAAUGAGUUAAAUGAAUCAUGUUAUGAUUAUACAAAUAAUCUUUUGAAUAUAUUUUUAUCAUGUAAUAGUAUAAAUGAAAAUUUUGAUGAUGCAAAUGAACACAAUAAUAAGCUUAGUAGAGAAGAUAGCAAUACUUUUAAUAAUAUAGAGAAAAGUAUGACUAAUGUAUGUGAAUUGUUUAAUAGUUCAAAUAAUUUUAAUAUAUUUGGAAAUUAUAAUUUUUUUGGUUAUAAUUGCUUACAAUGUAAACAUUAUAAAAAUGAAAUUAAAAAUUUAAUGCUUCAAAUAAAAAUAUUAAGAGAAGAACUUUUUAAAUGUAAACAAAUUAUUACAUCAGGGAUAAAUGAAAACUAUGACCAAAAAUUGAAUCAUUGUAGUUAUAACUGGACAAACACAAAAAGUUUUAAUGAUAUUUAUGAAAAGAAGAAUUAUAUAUCUUCUAUUGAAGCAAAUGAUUAA